CAUUCACUAUCAACUAACAACACUUGUUUCUUUUUAGUUUCCAUCUCUCCCUCAAAAACAUACAAUAACAAUGUCUACGACAACACAAAGGGAAGCGUUUGGUGGCGUAGAAACUCCAAAUGGAGACUCACCCAAACAACCCCCUCGAGAAUCCCGUGACAUCCCUCCUUUCAUGUCCCCUUCUUACCCAAUCACUCUCAAGUUCAUGGACGUGGGAUACCGGAUAAAGAUAGAGAACAAGCAAGCUAAAGGAAGGUGCAUUAAGAAACUUUUCGCAACUGAUCGCGAGUCACCAACACCGUCCGAUCAGACAAGAUCAGCGGUGAUGCAAGAAAGAACAAUUCUAAACGGAGUAACAGGGAUAGCGUACCCGGGAGAGAUCCUAGCCAUCCUUGGUCCAUCAGGAAGCGGCAAAUCAACGCUCCUAAACGCGCUUGCAGGGAGACUCCAUGGUCACGGCCUCACCGGAACAAUUCUCGCAAACUCAUCCAAGCUCACCAAACCGAUUCUCCGCCGAACCGGAUUCGUUACUCAGGACGACGUGCUUUACCCGCACCUCACCGUCCGCGAAACCCUAGUCUUCUGCUCCAUGCUCCGCCUUCCUCGUUCGCUGCCGCGUGAGGCGAAGAUUGCGGCGGCGGAGUCGGCGAUUGCGGAGCUUGGACUAGGCAAGUGCGAGGACACCAUAAUCGGGAACAGCUUCAUCCGCGGUGUCUCCGGCGGGGAGAGGAAGCGCGUGAGCAUUGCGCAUGAGAUGCUUGUGGAUCCGAGCCUGCUAGCGAAGAAGGGGAAGACGGUGGUUACGUCGGUGCACCAACCGUCGAGCCGCGUUUUCCAGAUGUUCGAUAAGGUUCUCGUGCUCUCCGAAGGGAAUUGCCUCUACUUCGGUAAAGGAUGCGACGCCAUGCGGUACUUUGAGUCCGUUGGUUUUGUGCCAUCUUUUCCGAUGAACCCCGCCGAUUUCCUUCUCGAUCUCGCUAACGGUGUUAGCCAUGUUGAUGGUGUAAGUGAAAGAGAUAAGCCAAACAUAAGGCAGAACCUAAUUCAUUCAUACAACACAACACUAGCUCCAAAGGUAAAAGCUUUAUGCAUGGACACUCCCAACAUUGUUAAUCCUACAAAGAACACACACCCUAUGGGAAGAAGCAGAUAUAGUGAUAGGGUUAGCUUCUUAGAUUGGUUCAACCAAUUCAGCACACUCUUCCAAAGAAGCCUCAAAGAGAGAAAGCAUGAAUCAUUCAACACUCUGAGAGUGUUCCAAGUCAUUGCAGCUGCACUAUUAGCAGGACUAAUGUGGUGGCACUCUGACUACAGAAAUGUUCAGGACAGGCUUGGGCUACUCUUCUUCAUUUCAAUCUUCUGGGGUGUAUUCCCAUCCUUCAACUCUGUUUUCGCCUUCCCCCAAGAGCGCGCCAUCUUCAUGAAAGAAAGGGCCUCUGGAAUGUACACAUUGUCAUCCUACUUCAUGUCUCGGAUCGUGGGCGAUCUUCCAAUGGAGCUUAUCCUGCCCACAAUUUUCCUCAUUGUGACAUAUUGGAUGGGAGGCCUAAAGCCUGAUCUGGUGGCAUUUCUGUUGACAUGGUUGGUCAUCCUUGGAUAUGUCCUUGUGUCGCAGGGUCUUGGACUCGCCUUAGGCGCCGCGAUAAUGGAUGCCAAACAAGCUUCAACUGUUGCAGCAGUGACAAUGCUAGCAUUUGUGCUAACAGGUGGAUACUAUGUCCAUAAGGUUCCAGCAUGCAUGGCUUGGAUCAAAUACAUAUCCACAACUUUUUACUGUUAUAGGCUUCUGACUAGGAUUCAGUAUGGUGAUGGAAGGAAAAUCUCAUACAUAUUGGGUUGCAAUCAUGGUGGUGGAGACAGGGCUAAUUGCAAGUUUCUUGAAGAGGAUGUGAUGGGCCAAAUUGGCACUGUGGGAAGCAUUGGUGUCUUGUUUCUCAUGUUUGUAGGGUACAGAUUAUUGGCCUACCUUGCACUGAGGCGCAUCAAGAUUUAGGAAGAAGAAUCUACAAUUAUUGAAAUCCUCUCAUGAAGAA